AUGUCCACUACUUCUCUGGAUAAGGAGCUGCAGGAGCGGCUGAGAGAGGCGUCAGCUCUGGGGGACAUUGAUGAAGUGCGGGCAUUGGUGGAGAGUGGGGUAAAUGUCAACUCCCAGAACGAGAUCAAUGGCUGGACCUGUCUGCACUGGGCGUGUAAGAGGAACCAUAAGCACAUAGUGACGUACUUACUGAGCUGUGGAGCAGACAUGGACAUCCUCACAGCCAAGGACGAGAUGGCCUCACAGCUCACAUCCAAGCCUGACAUCAAGAGACUGCUCGGAGUUGAAGUGGAGGAGGAGGAUGAAGUGAAGGAGCCAGAGCUGCCCAUUGUCCCAAACUACCUGUCCAACCCUCCUUUCAUGUUCUCCACCCUGGAGCCAGAGGCCGAAGCGGUCCUGAAGCAGCGCCUGGCACAGAACGGCUCAGCAGAGCACAGCGAGGACAGCCAGAGCCAGGCCUCAGAGCUCACCUCUGCCCCCAGCCCCAGGGCCUUCAUCCCCAUGUGUGAGCAGAAUGGGGACUCUCCGCCGAAAGCCUUCAAGUCAGUGAACUGCACGGUGCCCAUGGACCUGUCUGUGGAGCCUCACCUCAACCACAUCGACCUGCAGCACUCGGCACACAACGGCACGGCCCACUCGCCCCCCCUGGCCGGCCCCGCCCCCGCUCUGCCCAGUAACGGAGGAGGAGUCCAGGUGCCCAGUGGAACCCCAGGGGUCAGCAGGCAGCAGUCCCUCCCCCAGCAGCUCACCUGCAGCCCCGCGGGGGGGCCCAUGGCCGCCUUCCAACCCUUCUUCUUCACCAGUACUUUUCCAGUCAACGUGCAAGAACUGGUGUUGAAAGUGCGUAUCCAGAACCCGACCACUCGAGAGAAUGACUUCAUCGAGAUCGAGUUGGACCGACAGGAGCUGACGUACCGCUCUCUGCUGCGGGUCUGCUGCCGCGAGCUGGACAUCAGCACGGAGCACGUGGAGAAGAUCCGCAAACUGCCCAACACCAUGCUCAGAAAGGACAAGGACGUGGCGCGGCUGCAGGACUUCCAGGAGCUGGAGGUGGUGCUGGAGAAGGCAGAGGUGCGACUACUACGACCCCCGAACUCCUCCAGUGCGACUACUACGACCCCCGAACUCCUCCAGUGCGACUACUACGACCCCCGAACUCCUCCAGUGCGACUACUACGACCCCCGAACUCCUCCAGUGCGACUACUACGACCCCCGAACUCCUCCAGUGCGACUACUACUACCCCCGAACUCCUCCAUGCGACUACUACAACCCCCGAACUCCUCCAGUGCGACUACUACAACCCCUGAACUCCUCCAGUGCGACUACUACGACCCCCGAACUCCUCCAGUGCGACUACUACGACCCCCGAACUCCUCCAGUGCGACUACUACAACCCCCGAACUCCUCCAGUGCGACUACUACGACCCCCGAACUCCUCCAGUGCGACUACUACAACCCCCGAACUCCUCCAGUGCGACUACUACGACCCCCGAACUCCUCCAGUGCGACUACUACGACCCCCGAACUCCUCCAGUGCGACUACUACAACCCCCGAACUCCUCCAGUGCGACUACUACGACCCCCGAACUCCUCCAGUGCGACUACUACAACCCCUGAACUCCUCCAGUGCGACUACUACGACCCCCGAACUCCUCCAGUGCGACUACUACGACCCCCGGAACUCCUCCAGUGCGACUACUACGACCCCCGAACUCCUCCAGUGCGACUACUACAACCCCCGAACUCCUCCAGUGCGACUACUGCGACCCCCGGAACUCCUCCAGUGCGACUACUACGACCCCCGAACUCCUCCAGUGCAACUACUACAACCCCUGAACUCCUCCAGUGCGACUACUACGUCCCCCGAACUCCUCCAGUGCGACUACUACGACCCCCGAACUCCUCCAGUGCGACUACUACGACCCCCGAACUCCUCCAGUGCGACUACUACGACCCCCGAACUCCUCCAGUGCGACUACUACGACCCCGGAACUCCUCCAGUGCGACUACUACGACCCCGGAACUCCUCCAGUGCGACUACUACGACCCCCGAACUCCUCCAGUGCGACUACUACGACCCCCGAACUCCUCCAGUGCGACUACUACGACCCCCGAACUCCUCCAGUGCGACUACUACGACCCCCGAACUCCUCCAGUGCGACUACUACGACCCCCGAACUCCUCCAGUGCGACUACUACAACCCCCGAACUCCUCCAGUGCGACUACUACGACCCCCGAACUCCUCCAGUGCGACUACUACGACCCCCGGAACUCCUCCAGUGCGACUACUACGACCCCCGAACUCCUCCAGUGCAACUACUACAACCCCUGAACUCCUCCAGUGCGACUACUACGUCCCCCGAACUCCUCCAGUGCGACUACUACGACUCCCGAACUCCUCCAGUGCGACUACUGCGACCCCCGGAACUCCUCCAGUGCGACUACUACGACCCCCGGAACUCCUCCAGUGCGACUACUACAACCCCCGAACUCCUCCAGUGCGACUACUACGACCCCCGAACUCCUCCAGUGCGACUACUACGACCCCCGAACUCCUCCAGUGCGACUACUACAACCCCCGAACUCCUCCAGUGCGACUACUGCGACCCCCGGAACUCCUCCAGUGCGACUACUACGACCCCCGAACUCCUCCAUGCGACUACUACGACCCCCGAACUCCUCCAGUGCGACUACUACGACCCCCGAACUCCUCCAGUGCGACUACUACGACCCCCGAACUCCUCCAGUGCGACUACUACGACCCCCGAACUCCUCCAGUGCGACUACUACGACCCCCGAACUCCUCCAGUGCGACUACUACAACCCCCGAACUCUCCUCCAGUGCGACUACUACAACCCCCGAACUCCUCCAGUGCGACUACUACGACCCCGAACUCCUCCAGUGCGACUACUACGACCCCGAACUCCUCCAGUGCGACUACUACGACCCCCGAACUCCUCCAGUGCGACUACUACGACCCCCGAACUCCUCCAGUGCGACUACUACGACCCCCGAACUCCUCCAGUGCGACUACUACAACCCCCGAACUCCUCCAGUGCGACUACUACAACCCCCGAACUCCUCCAGUGCGACUACUACAACCCCCGAACUCCUCCAGUGCGACUACUACAACCCCCGAACUCCUCCAGUGCGACUACUACUACCCCCGAACUCCUCCAGUGCGACUACUACGACCCCCGAACUCCUCCAGUGCGACUACUACGACCCCCGAACUCCUCCAGUGCGACUACUACGACCCCCGAACUCCUCCAGUGCGACUACUACGACCCCCGAACUCCUCCAGUGCGACUACUACGACCCCGAACUCCUCCAGUGCGACUACUACGACCCCCGAACUCCUCCAGUGCGACUACUACGACCCCCGAACUCCUCCAGUGCGACUACUACGACCCCCGAACUCCUCCAGUGCGACUACUACGACCCCCGAACUCCUCCAGUGCGACUACUACGACCCCCGAACUCCUCCAGUGCGACUACUACGACCCCCGAACUCCUCCAGUGCGACUACUACGACCCCCGAACUCCUCCAGUGCGACUACUACGACCCCCGAACUCCUCCAGUGCGACUACUACGACCCCCGAACUCCUCCAGUGCGACUACUACGACCCCCGAACUCCUCCAGUGCGACUACUACGACCCCCGAACUCCUCCAGUGCGACUACUACGACCCCGAACUCCUCCAGUGCGACUACUACGACCCCCGAACUCCUCCAGUGCGACUACUACGACCCCCGAACUCCUCCAGUGCGACUACUACGACCCCCGAACUCCUCCAGUGCGACUACUACGACGAACCCCCCGAACUCCUCCAGUGCGACUACUACAACCCCCGAACUCCUCCAGUGCGACUACUACGACCCCCGAACUCCUCCAGUGCGACUACUACGACCCCCGAACUCCUCCAGUGCGACUACUACGACCCCCGAACUCCUCCAGUGCGACUACUACGACCCCCGAACUCCUCCAGUGCGACUACUACGACCCCCGAACUCCUCCAGUGCGACUACUACGACCCCCGAACUCCUCCAGUGCGACUACUACGACCCCCGAACUCCUCCAGUGCGACUACUACGAACCCCCGAACUCCUCCAGUGCGACUACUACGACCCCCGAACUCCUCCAGUGCGACUACUACGACCCCCGAACUCCUCCAGUGCGACUACUACGACCCCCGAACUCCUCCAGUGCGACUACUACGACCCCCGAACUCCUCCAGUGCGACUACUACGACCCCCGAACUCCUCCAGUGCGACUACUACGACCCCCGAACUCCUCCAGUGCGACUACUACGACCCCCGAACUCCUCCAGUGCGACUACUACGACCCCGAACUCCUCCAGUGCGACUACUACGACUCCCGAACUCCUCCAGUGCGACUACUACGACCCCCGAACUCCUCCAGUGCGACUACUACGACCCCCGAACUCCUCCAGUGCGACUACUACGACCCCCGAACUCCUCCAGUGCGACUACUACGACCCCCGAACUCCUCCAGUGCGACUACUACAACCCCUGAACUCCUCCAGUGCGACUACUACGACCCCCUAACUCCUCCAGUGCGACUACUACGACCCCCGAACUCCUCCAGUGCGACUACUACGACCCCCGAACUCCUCCAGUGCGACUACUACGACCCCGGAACUCCUCCAGUGCGACUACUACGACCCCCGAACUCCUCCAGUGCGACUACUACGACCCCCGAACUCCUCCAGUGA